AUGGGUUUCGGCGACUUCGAUUCGAUAUGCGAGAAGACACCUCUACCGCUUUGCCCGCUGGUCGGGCCCAUCUCGCCAAUCACUGGCAGCCAUACUAUACACACGAACUGCUAUGCGAGGCCAAUAGAGUUGGCAAACACCAUCAUAUUCCAGGGCGCGACGGGCUUCGCACACAUCUUGGCUUUGAUCAUGCUAGUGAUCAUGAUUAUACACGUCAGGAGUAAAUUCACAGCAGUGGGGCGCAAAGAGAUCACCUCGUUCUUCUACGCUUAUACCCUCCUCACUAUGGCCUCGCUGGUGAUAGACUGUGGUGUGGUACCUCCCGCAUCUGGUGUAUAUCCUUACUUCGUCGCGGUACAAUGCGGACUAGUCUCGGCGACAUGCAUAUGCCUGAUGAUCAAUGGAUUCGUGGGUUUCCAGCUCUACGAAGAUGGGACAACGCUUUCAGUAUGGCUGCUACGGACUUGCAGUGUGGCCAUGUUCCUCAUUUCCUUCGCCGUGUCUCUCUUGACAUUCAAGGGCUGGGCUGGGCUUGGGCCAGAGAACACUGUCGGUCUGUUUGUGGUGGUCUGCCUAUUCAGCGCAAUCUUCAUCGCUGUCUACGUGGUCAUGCAGAUCGUGUUGGUCGUUGGAACGUUGCAAGAGCGAUGGCCGCUGUGGCAUAUCACAUUCGGCGUGGUGGGCUUUGUCAUUGGACAAGUACUGCUCUACGCAUUCAGCGAGACCAUCUGCGACAAUGUGGAGCACUACGUGGAUGGACUCUUCUUCGCCACGCUCUUAAAUCUGCUCGCAGUCAUGAUGGUCUACAAGUACUGGGACUCAAUUACGAAGGAGGAUCUGGAGUUCUCGGUAGGCCAGAAACAGAACAACUGGGAGGUCAAGGACCACCACAUGUACGAGGACAUUGACAAGCGCAAUACCUUCUAUCAGGAGAGCGAUACUGGCAGUGGCAUGUACCCCCAGUCAGGACACCGAGGCUCUGUAUAUGGGUACUGA